AUGAUCAAACGUGGACACGAAUGACUGACGCUCUGUUUGUUGGCGAGACGGAUAACAUUGGCAUGGUGGACAAACCCUAUGGUCGAUCACUCCCAUCUCCAAGACCGGACAACGCACUACAAGGCUUUGUGUACUACCAAGGUCCUGCAUAUUUGAAGAAUGCGUAUUUCACAAAUUACGAAGAACGAACCUGGAAUGGAUUCUUCCGACCCGCAGGAGCCAUCAGCUUCAGAAAAGAAAAUACCUACCCAACCACUUCUCAGAGUAGUGUAGAAGGAAUCCGUUUCGGCUUCUGUGACAAGACCGAAGGUAACUUUGUGUACAACGGCAACACGACUGUGAGGGGCUUUGGGGCCUUUGAUGGUAACCUGCAGGCAGCAUUCCACGAUGUUGAUGGAAGUGUUGACAGGCCAGGCUGAUACUCACGUUGUCCCGCCAAAGAAAUUCUUUACCACACCGUGUUGUUCAUUCAGAGACAAUUGGAACAUGGCCGUGUGUCCACACCGAUAUGCCAAGGUACAAUUUGAUGGAGAUGGAGGAGUCAUGGAGAAGCCUAAGGUUAAGGAUUAUCCUAUGGUUUUCUUCAGAGAUGACAGGCCAAACGAUCCAUUUGCAUUACGCGGU